GACAUGACAGCAGCUGGGGACAGAGCCAGCCCAGGGCAUCCACGCUCUGGGGAGGAGCUGGAGAGGACAGGCAGGCUUUUUGGGGGGCUGCUGCGAGACAUCCAGAGGAAGGCACCGUGGUACGGCAGCGACUUCUCCGACGCCCUGCACCCUCAGUGCCUCUCAGCAGUGCUCUACAUCUACCUGGCGACAGUCACCAAUGCCAUCACCUUCGGGGGCAUGCUGGGGGACGCAACCGCCAACAUGCAGGGCGUGCUGGAGAGCUUCCUGGGCACAGCCUUUGCUGGCUUCAUCUUCUGCCUCUUUUCGGGCCAACCCCUGACCAUCCUGAGCAGCACCGGCCCUGUGCUUGUCUUUGAGCGCCUCCUCUUCUCCUUCAGCCAGGAUCACAGCCUGGACUACCUGGAGUUCCGCCUCUGGAUUGGGCUCUGGGUGGCCUUUUUUGGUGUGGUGCUGGUGGCCACCGAGGCCAGUCACCUGGUGCGGUACUUCACGCGCUUCACCGAGGAAGGCUUCUGUGCACUCAUCAGCCUGAUAUUCAUCUACGACUCCCUGAAGAAGAUGCUGAGCCUGGCAGAUGCCUUCCCCAUCAACUGGCAGUACCGGCUGGACAACGUCACCUCCUACAGCUGCACCUGCAACUUGUCCAGCCCCGGUGAGCCCAAGGAGCUGUGGGUGGGUGGGGAGCAGGAAGCUGCUGCCCCAGGAUGCCACUGGGAACCUGUUUCCUGGCUGGAUGGGCGAAGGCACUGGAGGAGGAGGCUGUUUAAUCCCAUCCUCACCUGA